AUGGGAGAAGCUCAUCCUAGAAAGAGACAAUCCACAUCUGAAUACACCCAUAAUCUCGAACAGAUAAAUAAACAGAAUCAAGUCUAUUUGACUUCACUACUACAAUUACGUAAUGACCCAGAGGCAUUAUUAAAGAAGAUCAACAUUAUAUAUGAAUCCAAAACAUUAGGCGAGUCUCGAGACAUUGAUACUGGUUCAGAAUGUUCAUCACCGGCUUCACGACAAGCCACAUAUUCAUAUCCCCACACUCAACCAAAUUUACAACAUCAGCACACCACCUAUCGACAAGGUAGACCUAUACAAUCUCAGAUAGGAACAUCUGGUACUGGUGGGCAGCCAAUAUUACAUCCUUCACAACCUUCAUCACCCUAUACCACCAUACCACCACCACCGCCGCCGCCGCCCUCACAACAACAGUCACAACAACAACACCAUCACCAUCACAUACCGAACCAAAAUUUUCAAGUGCCUCCUCAAUCACAACAGAAUUAUACUUAUUAUAGUACAUCAAUGCCAUCAAAUCAGCAACCAUCACAAACAUUUCAACAUCUACCGCCAACAUAUAUGCCACCUCAAUAUACUGGUUUUCCCACUACUGGUAUUGCCAUCAUGCCACCAACAUCAAUGCAACAACAACAGCAUCAGAUAAAUUCGAACGGACAUACACCCCCAGCAUCAGUCGCAUCUGGAUCCAAUCCACUACCUAUAACUUCGCAUCCUUUUGCAACCACAUCUGCCACAACAGCAAAUACCGCAAAUAACAUUUCACUCCCUCCACCACAAUCACUACUGAAAUUGACAACCGGCGCUCCUGCAGGAGGGAUAGUGUUCCCCCCACCCGCAUUACCUGCUCCUACAUUACGUAAAUAUAAUGGAGGAUUAGAUCUUACGUCUAAGUUUUAUCGUGGCACUGAUGGUGUUUCUGGUUUUUUCUUGGGUGCGACUACUAUAUAUGAUGAAUCGAUGAUUAUUAAUCAUGCUGAAAGGACAAGAGGGAAGAAUAAUAAUCAUAGCAAUCAAAAUAAUAAUAAAGAAAAUGGCGAUGAUGAUGGAAAUACUAGGAAUUCAGAAUCUCCGGAUAAUUCUUCUUCAUUUUCAAAAGAAUUAUUUGAUCCUCAUUUGGUUAAUUUACAAGAAUUGACAUCACCAAAAGUACGGAACUUGGUUGAUGUUGCUAUUAAAUAUUUAGAUCGGCAGAUAUUAUGUUAUAUAUUGGAUGAGCAGAGGACGAAAGAUAUACUUGACGAUAUUUGUGAACAUGCGAAUGAUCGUAAUUAUCUCGGGAAGAUAUUUUUAACAUUUCCAACUAAUCAAUACAUAUCACCAGAAUUAAUCUAUUCAUUAUGUUGUAUUGGAUCGAUCUAUUUAGAUGAACCAAAUGAAGCUCAAGAAUAUUAUCUUCUACUGCAACGAAUAAUAUUCAAUUCAUAUACAUUUAAUGGCUCAACUUAUCCCCGGUUAUUGGCACUCAUAUUAAAUGCCGUUUAUGACUUAAAUCGGGGAGAAUUAACAAGUACUUGGCAAUUAUCAGGUAUGGCAUUCAGAAUGGGAUUUGAUUUAGGAUUUAAUGAUUUUUCUAAAGAAGGUCCUAAUCCUAAUUUAAAAUGUAUGGUAUAUUGGGGGUGUUUUAUUAUUGAUAAUUUUGCCGGAUUAAUUUUUGGAAGACCAAGAAUGUUGAUGUAUCAUCCUAAUUAUCCAAUGUAUAAGAAUGAAUUGUUUAGUCCUAAGUUGCCUCCAGUUAUUGAUUUAUUGGUUAUGAUUGAACCUAUGAUUGCUAAGAUUUAUCAAGCGAUGUCAUUUAAGGAUGCCGAAGAAUUUAAGACUAAUUUUGUACUCAAGUAUUCUCAAUUACGAGAAUUUAAUGUGAAAUUGAUGGAAUGGAGAAAGAGCUUACCCGAGGAAUUAUUUUGGGAUUUAGAGAAUAUAAGAAGAAAGAAUAUUGAAAUGGAUGAUCAUCUGUUAAAGUUUGCAUUUUAUCUUAUUUUCCUUAUUUUGAAUAAACCAUUUUUACAAUUACCUAUUGGAGCAGAUAUUCAAUUUUUCAUUGAAAUGGUGGAAGAAGUUGAGAUUAUAUUAAGAAGAACUAAAGAAUCAGAAACUAAUCAUCUUAAGAAUAUUGUUACAUUAUAUGUUAUGAUAUUAUUAUGUAAGAUAUUAUAUAUUCAUCUUGUCAAUAAUCCACGAAAUCGAGAUAAACAUUUAGCCCAACUAGAAUUCUUUAUUGAGUAUGUCAAGGGUUUAUUCAAGCCUGAUGUGUGGCUCCUUACCAAAGUUCCAUUAAGAUUAUUAGAAGAAAAGACUAAGAAAUUUAAAGAAGAAUUGUCAAAUGAGAUGAAUUCAGUUGGUUCACAAUUACAGAACAACGAAUUGAAUGAAGAUGAAUCCGAACCAUCAAGAAAACAAAGAAGAAUCAAGAAGGAAUCAACACCAAGUAGUCUAUCUAUGACAAAGGAACAACUAGUUUCACAGCAACAGCAACAACAGCAACCACCCCAAUCCCAACAACCAAUUGAUGACCAACAACAACAGCUAGUUGAUAAUAAUGAAUAUGUAGCCCAACAACCAGAACAGAAUAUGUUACAGAAUGAUGUAUUUAUCAAAAUGAUGCAUAGUUUAUUUAAUCCAAAUGCUGCAAUGUCCAAUAAUAUGGAAGAUCAUGACCAACAACUUAAUUCAAGACCUUCAUAUAAUGGUCAACAUACAGUGAAUGGGAAUGGAGGUAUUCCAGAUAAUUCAGAUUUUAAUACAAUUUUUAGUUUUGAUUUAAGAGAUUUAGAACCAUAUUUAAAUGAAUAA